AUGCUAGUGGAGAUGCUCCUCUUCAAUCUCUGCUUUUUCGCUUACCUCGUAAUUCGCCACCACAAAACAGUGUUUCUGGCCUGUGUUGCCUUCUUCUCCAAACUUGUGCCCAGUGGCACCGGCUCAGAUCCACUCAGUGUCAGCGUCUCCACGCAAACAGCAGACAAAGAGGAGUAUGGGGAUGACUUAGCCCCCGAGGAGUUGCCUGAGAGUGUUGGCGAGCCCCCUGUGGCCCCAACCUUAUCGGCAACAGCUGAGACACAGCGGACAGAAGACGAUGAUACUCCAGUCCUAGUCUUGGGAACCGACUCAUCCUCCGAUUCAUUCUAA